CCGCCGCGGCUGCUGCUCCGGCUGCUGCAGGAGGCGGCGCUGGCUGGCGGCUGCGCUCGCUCCAGUCGGCGAGCGGAGCAGCGAGCGAGCGUGUGUGUGUUUUUUAAAGAUGGCCGGAGCGGCGGCGGCGGUGGCCGCGGGAGCAGCAGCUGGAGCCGCCGCGGCAGCCGUGUCGGUGGCGGCUCCGGGCCGGGCCUCAGCGCCUCCGCCGCCCCCGCCGGUGUACUGUGUGUGCCGGCAGCCGUACGACGUGAACCGCUUCAUGAUCGAGUGCGAUAUCUGCAAGGACUGGUUCCACGGCAGCUGUGUUGGUGUAGAAGAACAUCAUGCUGUUGACAUUGACCUUUAUCACUGUCCCAACUGUGCCGUUCUACAUGGCUCCUCCUUGAUGAAAAAGCGGAGGAAUUGGCACAGGCACGACUACACAGAAAUUGAUGAUGGCACCAAACCAGUGCAAGCUGGGACUAGGAUUUUUGUGAAGGAGUUACGUUCUCGAGUCUUCCCAAGUGCUGAUGAAAUCAUUGUAAAGAUGCAUGGCAGCCAGCUGACACAAAGAUACCUGGAGAAACACGGAUUUGAAGUUCCUAUUAUGGUCCCCAAAUUAGAUGACCUAGGACUCAGGCUCCCUCCACCUACUUUUUCUGUCAUGGAUGUGGAACGCUAUGUAGGUGGUGACAAAGUGAUAGAUGUCAUUGAUGUGGCAAGGCAGGCAGACAGCAAAAUGACCCUUCACAAUUAUGUUAAAUACUUCAUGAAUCCUAACAGACCAAAAGUGUUAAAUGUGAUCAGCCUUGAAUUUUCAGAUACAAAGAUGUCUGAAUUGGUGGAGGUCCCUGAUAUAGCCAGAAAACUUUCCUGGGUGGAAAAUUACUGGCCAGACGAUUCAGUUUUUCCCAAGCCGUUUGUUCAGAAGUACUGCUUAAUGGGAGUUCAGGACAGCUACACGGAUUUCCACAUUGACUUUGGUGGAACUUCAGUCUGGUACCAUGUCCUCUGGGGUGAGAAGAUUUUCUAUUUGAUAAAGCCAACAGAUGAAAACUUGGCACUCUAUGAGUCUUGGAGUUCAUCUGUGACCCAGAGUGAGGUGUUCUUUGGAGAUAAGGUGGAUAAAUGCUACAAAUGUGUGGUAAAGCAGGGACAUACUUUAUUUGUUCCUACAGGGUGGAUUCAUGCUGUGCUCACAUCUCAGGACUGUAUGGCUUUUGGGGGGAACUUUCUGCACAACCUUAACAUUGGCAUGCAGCUCAGGUGUUAUGAGAUGGAAAAAAGGCUAAAAACACCAGAUCUUUUCAAAUUCCCUUUCUUUGAAGCCAUAUGUUGGUUUGUAGCCAAAAAUUUGCUGGAAACCUUGAAAGAACUGAGAGAAGAUGGUUUCCAGCCUCAAACUUACCUAGUACAGGGAGUGAAAGCACUGCAUGCUGCUUUAAAGUUAUGGAUGAAGAAAGAACUUGUAUCUGAACAUGCUUUUGAGAUCCCAGACAAUGUCAGACCUGGACAUCUUAUUAAAGAACUUUCAAAAGUAAUUCGAGCAAUAGAGGAGGAAAAUGGCAAACCAGUUAAAUCUCAGGGAAUUUCUACUGUGUGUCCAGUUUCACGAUCCUCAAACGAAGCAACUUUCCCAUAUCAUUCCCGACGAAAGAUGAGGAAACUUCGAGAUCAUAACGUCCGAACUCCGUCUAACCUAGACAUCCUAGAGCUCCAUACAAGGGAGGUCCUCAGAAGGUUAGAGAUGUGUCCAUGGGAAGAGGAUGUCUUGAGCUCUAAACUGAAUGGAAAAUUUAACAAACAUCUCCAGCCAUCUUCCACGGUACCUGAAUGGAGGGCAAAAGAUAAUGAUCUACGGUUACUGCUGACCAACGGAAGGAUAAUUAAGGACGAGAGACAACCCUUCGCCGAUCCAAGUCUUUAUACAGUGGACAGCGAAAAUGAGGAGGACAAGAGAAGGACGAAAAAGGCAAAAAUGAAGAUGGAAGAGAGUUCAGGAAUAGAAGGGGUGGAGAAUGAAGAGUCCGAAAAACCACUUAACAGGUUUUUUACAAGUGUGAAAUCGGAACUCAGGAAUCGAUCAUCAGAAUAUUCUGAUAUUUCUGAUUCAGAAGACUCUGGACCUGAUUGCACUGCACUGAAAAAUAAUUUUACCACUGAAGAGUCUGAAAGUUCAGGUGAUGAAAAAAAACAAGAAAUAACAUCAAACUUCAAGGAGGACUCUACUGUGAUGAGGAACUUCCUUCAGAAGGGCCAGAAUUUCAGAAGUGAAAUUCCAAUUAAAAGGGAAUGUCCUACCUCGACGAGCACAGAGGAAGAAGCUAUUCAGGGCAUGUUGUCGAUGGCAGGGUUGCACUACUCCGCGUGUUUACAGAGGCAGAUACAAAGCACAGACUGCAAUGGCGAAGGAGACUGUCUCCAGGAUCCCGGCGUCUGCCACAGCAGUAACCAGGAGGCACGACAGGUGUAUCGCUGUGAUAAGCCAGUGGAAUGUGGAUACCAUGUCAAGACUGAAGAUCAAGACUUGAGAAGUUCUUCCUGGAUUAAACAAUUUGAUACAACUUCCAGAUUUCAUCUUCAGGAUCUAAGUAGAGGCCAGAAAUGCAUCAAAAAGGAAGGCUCAUCAGAAAUCAGUCAGAAGGUACAAAGUAGGAAUUCUGUGGACAGCAGUGGCGCAAGCCCUCAAAAUGGGAAGUAUACGCAGAAUUCCAGCUUGAUUUCAGGGGCGUGCCGGAUAAAUAAUGGCAGCGUAAGCCCAGAAAGGCCAGUUGGUGAAACUUCCUUUUCCGUGCCCCUUCACCCCACCAAGAGACCCGCGUCAAAUCCACCACCUAUCAGCAACCAGGCAACAAAAGGUAAACGUCCAAAAAAAGGAAUGGCCACAGCCAAACAACGUCUUGGGAAGAUCCUGAAGUUGAACAGAAAUGGCCAUGCCCGUUUCUUCGUGUGAUGAGCUGCCACUACGGCCGCUCUUCCCUUUGGAGACUUACUAGUGGCGGAGGCGCGGGAGCCUGGCGCUCCCCGCCGCGCCCCUGCCCGGAGCAGUUUGCAUGUACAGUAGAGAACACUGCCGGAGGAACAAAAUGAACCUGAUGCUGCAUUUUCACUGUGCCACACCCACUCAGCAAUAACCGUUUGGACCUGGUGGGGGAGAGGAAGAAGGAGGGUAGAACCUUAAAAAGAGACCUUGAACUGGAAAAGGUCUCUUGUCAGGGCUUGAAUUUCAUUUUGUUGUUGGUAGUGUCUUGAUUUAUUUUCAGUGGUAGGGUAAAGAAUUAUCAAUAAUUUAUUUAACAGAUUUUUUUUUAAAGUUAACAGCUUUUAAAUUCUUUCUUUUUUAAAGCUAUUUAUUUGGAAGAUUUCUGGAGAAAUAUCUCACUAAUUUAGAUUUAAGAAUGUGAAAGUUUUUAAAUUAUUUUUGAUAGUGUGUAUGUUACAUGUGGGGAAGAGCCACAGUAACAGUAACUAGUCUGGACUCUUAAAUUUGAUAUUCAGGUUAAAGUCUUAAACAGGGAUUUGAUGCAUUAAUUAUUUUAAAUUAAGAUGUAUAUGAAAAUCAUUUUAUUUUAUAUAUUUCAUGUGUUUUUUAUAAGCUAUUAGCUUCGCUUUUGCUAACAUCCAAGGUGCAUACUGUUAUCCAGGUUGAUUACCUUAUAUCCCACCUUCCCUCUGCACUCCCCAUCAUUUUGUGAUGACGCAACAAGACUCUUCUCUUUGCAGGGAAACACUUUCAUAGCCAAUGUGUAAGAAUUACAUAAAAGAUCCCACAUUUCUCAUUUCGUUUGACGUUGCAGUUUUCUUCUAAUUCUGUAAAAAGAGGCUUCUUGCAUUUUCAUUUUUGCUGAUGAUAUCUGGGUCCCAAAGAGAACAGCUUUAAUAUCUUUUUCCUAUUUGUGGGAAAAGGAUUAUAAGUUUGGUUAAAUUGUCAUGUUUAUAGUUUUUCAAAUACAUUUGUAACUUCAGAGGGCCUUCUUCAUACUGCUGGUGUUGGAGGGCAGGAUGAGCACCUGCCACAGAGGUUAUAUUUUAUGACGCUUUUAUUCUGUGUACCUAACUUGUUGGAAAAUAAUGAGAUAUGGUUUGACUUCGUAUAUUCAAAUCUGCAUAAUAAGCCGUAAUAUAAUAGGACUAUACUAUAUUAAGUUGUAUAGAAGCAAGCAUGUUGGAGUAGAUCUUUUGGGUGUAUGUGUGUUUAGUUUCUUCUCUCUUAACCUUCUAAAGAAAUAUCUAAGAUAUGGAUUUGGAGUAAAAUGGGUGCUUCUGGCAGUUUCUUCCAUCUGUCCUAACUUAACCAGUGUAUACUGAGUAUCUGGUUGAGGUUUAAGGAAUCACUUCUCUCCUUUAUGCAUAGCUCUUACUAAAUGCCAGUUUUCAGUUGCUCGUAAUAGCUUAUAUUUUCCCUUUUCCUCCCCAAGGCAUAAAAUAAGUGAUUUCUGGGGCUGGGGUGAAGAUAUUCCCAAUUCUGACAAAAAAAAAUUUUUUCUACAAAGAAAAUAGAGGCAAAUAAGAUAAAUUUUAUUUUUAUGGAGAAGUAAUAUGGCCACAUUAUGGAUUUGUCUCUUUUACUCAGCAAGGUAGCAGGACUUGCCCUUCUGUAUUAAGUAUCACUUGAAGCGCUAAGAAAAAACAUCUCUACCAUCAUCUUUCAUGGUUGCAUUUAAAUAUGUAUUUUCAAAGAGAAAUAUUUCUUAUUCUGUCUCCAUUCCAGUAUCUCAUGGAAUAAAUACAAAACAGCUUAUGGAUUAACCUUUCUGGUCCAGAUGACCAGACCAGAUUCUGGGUCUUAUCUAGGUGUCAGGAAAAAGAGUUUUUACGGAAACACUAAAUGUCUGUAAAGGGCCUACGUCACUCUGUCCACACUCUGCCAAAACUGGUUAAGAGAUGGGUAUAAUCAGUCAUUUGUUUGGUCACUGGAUCUCAAGAUGUCAAAAGUUGGGGUGUGACUGAUUUUCCUAUCUCCCAGUAUGUAAUGUUUUGGUUUUCUAUAGACACUGUUUUAGUGUUAGAGUUCACAUGAUUUUGUUUUGGUUUAAGAAAUCAGAAUUACAAUUCCUUCUUAGGUUCUUUUGUUUUCUUUACAUUUUCAUAGCUCCUUUAAGUAUUUUUAAUUACCUGACUUCGUUUCUUUAGCUAUAAAAAAUUAAAAUCAAUUUAUUUUUAGGAGUUAAAAUGGUGACCAGUAUCUGCCCUGUGUACUUAGGCCAGUACAUCUAAUUUUAAGUAGCCAGAAUGUGUAAGUAUUAAGAUACUGUGGAUUCAUUUUUGGCAGGUUUAGCCCAUGAACUGGCUACAUGAAAAAAACUUUCAGUAAGAUAAUCUAACCAUCUAACCACUGAAACAAUUCAUGUAUCUUUUUCCAAAUUGGUGAAAAUUCAGCCUACUGGCCCAUGAGUUGCCUAGUCAAGCUUGUUCUAUACUUACUGGCUGUGAUGCCUCCCUUUAUCUUGUGGAAGUGGCUGGAUUCCGUGUUUUCCUCAGUCUCAUUUAUAAACCCUCUACCACACAGAGGCUGCAGCUUAGACAAGGAGACAACAGUGGUGGCAUUCAGCUAGUUAAGUGCAGAUAAAUAGGUAAAACAGUUGUGACUUAACAGAUGCAAUUUUAAUGGUAGUAGUAGAUAAUGAUUUUUUCUGUAUUGAUUGAAACAAGUGACUUCUGUUAACCUGGGAUCCCCUGUACUGGGAUAGUGUCACAUAUUGUGCUCUCCAGGAUUGAUGAAUGAUGUCAACAAGACAGCUGGCGGUUGAUAGUAGUUCAGCACCCUAGAAAUACACCGAAUUUCAUAAGCAUACAGAUUUUAAAAUUCCGACUGAAAUCCUAGAAACCCAGAAAAAACAAGACCAUCGUGCCCACAAUGUAAAUACUUAGCUUCAAUACUGGUCUGUUUUUUAAUAAUCCUAAUUCUUGCCUUGUCAAUGAGCCCUUCCGUGUUGAUUCGCCUGAUGGCCGCAGGUAUUUAUCCAACGUCCGUGUGCCCGGCGAGACUUAGUACUGGGGGGACCGUAAAGCUGGGGUGGGAGGCUCUGUUCUGGAAGGUAUAUUCGCCAAGAAAUAAGCAGUAUUACUUUCAUUUCUAAGCAAACUUUAAGCAGAAGAGGCCCCGUGUAGUAAGAAAAAGAGCAUAACUUUAUUAGUUUCAACUGAAAAAGUACAACUGUAGAAGUGGAAGUCAAUUUUUUUUAUUUUUAAAAUUUAAGAAACAUUUUUUCAUAAGUAGUAGUUUAAUGUUGGUAAUAGAGAGGUGUGGUAUAUAGCAUGGAAGGGAGGACGAACCUGGGUUUUUGUUCAAGUUCUGUCAUUCACGGAUCAGCUGUGUGACUGUAAAUAAGUCACUUAUGCUUUCUGAGUCUUGGUUUUCUCAUUUGGCAGUUUGGAUAAAAAUGUGGUUAAGAAAAAUACAGAAAAGCAUUCCUUAAUUAUUGACACUUCAUACUUGCAGAGAAUUUAUCAUUAUUUAAAUUACAACUGACAACGCACAUUUAUAUCCUUUUUAAGUGAAAACUGUUACUCCUAAAAUCUGUUUCAUAUCGAGUAUAUGCCCAGAGCAUGCUACCUAAAACAUCUGAAGAAUCUCUAAGAAGGUGUUGGAUUAAAAUCAGAAUCCAUGCUUGAAGUGAAA